AUGGCGGCCCGCAAGACACAACAAGAGAUUGAAAAGACCUUCAAGAAAGUUGCAGAGGGCAUGCAAACAUUUGAAGGGAUUUAUGAAAAGAUCCGGUCGGCUACAAAUCCCACCCAGCGCGAUAAGCUCGAGGACAACUUGAAGCGUGAAAUCAAGAAGCUUCAAAGAUUUCGAGAUCAGAUUAAGUCAUGGGCUGCUGGCAAUGAAGUUAAGGAUAAGGCUCCAUUGCUGGAGCAGCGGAAGGCCAUUGAAUCAUGCAUGGAACAAUUCAAGGCUGUUGAGAAGGAGAUGAAGACAAAAGCCUACUCCAAAGAAGGCCUAUCAGCAGCUUCACGACUCGAUCCUAAGGAGAAGGAGAAGGUAGAGGCCUGCGACUUCCUAUCUUCCAUGGUUGAUGAGCUUCAACUGAAGAUCGAGGCUAUGGAGGCGGAAGAGGAAACGCUACAGGCGCAGAUGAAGAAAGGAAAGAAGGACACCAGCAAGGCGAACCGAAUGGCGGACAUCUCGCGAGUAACGGAACGGCAUAAGUGGCACGUCAACAAGCUCGAGUUUCUACUUCGGUCGCUACAAAAUGGCAAUUUGGAUAUCCAACAAGUGAUAGAUCUCAAGGAGAGUAUCAAGUACUAUGUUGAGGAAGGAGGUAAUCUCGAUUACUCCGGAGAAGACGAAACCCUGUACGAUGACUUGGCUAUUGGAGAGGAUGUGGAAUUGCAAUUUGGCAUUGCCGGCGACAAUGACCGAGUAUCCUCACAAGAUGCGCUAUCUGUGCAUGAUGACGAACCUGAGCUCAAGCCCAAGCCCAAGGCAGAAUCUACUUCAGGAAGACGACCAUCUACGCAGAUGAAGUCACCCCUCCCUGUCCUUGCUACUCUUCACUCCUCUGCCUCGUCCAAUACCACCCCUGGGAUGAAACCUGCGCCUCUUCCCACUCGUCCGCCUGGCGAAACACUCAAGUAUGCCUCCGCAGCAGCUGCAGCAGCUUCCAGCGAUAAGAGUGGAGCCGAGUCGUCUAGUUAUUCGCCAAGUGUUGCUUCUGUGCAGCCUGUGCAGCCAGUUGUCAAUGCAUCUGCAACCAUUGCUACAUCGCCAGAGGAGCCGAUUGGAUCAGGACGAACAAAGACGCCCGGCAGAACGAGGGCGCCCAGUACCUCGUCAGCAACCCCGGUCGAUAAGUCGACAGCAGCAGUUAACGGUAAGGCCAUUAAUGAAGGCGCAGUCGAAGGUGCGGGAGAAGGCUCCGCAGCAGGCACAGCAUUAGGCGAUGAGUCGAUCUAUCAUCUGCCUCCGUGUCUGCAAGAUUUGGUACAAUCAUUUGAGUUGACAAAGCAACGUUCCUCCGUGAACAACUCACAAUCAGUGCAACGACUUCUCGCAAAUUCAUUAACCACCUGUCCGGAACCCGGUGACGCCGACAAGCCCCGCCACUACAGAGCGCAAAACCCCCACAACACUCCCCUCGCCUACCCACAAGAGCCCCUGUCUAUCUUCCAAGAUCCUCGGUUGUACGAUACCGGACGUAUCGACACUGAUACUCUUUUCUACCUUUUCUACUACCGCCAGGGCACAUAUCAGCAAUACCUUGCUGCCAAGGCCCUGAAGAACCAAAGCUGGCGUUUCCACAAGCAGUAUCAGACAUGGUUCCAGCGACAUGAGGAGCCAAAGAAUAUCACGGAAGAAUUUGAGCAGGGUACAUACCGUUUCUUCGACUAUGAGAGUACCUGGAUGAACCGGCGCAAGGCAGAUUUCAAGUUUGUUUACAAGUACCUCGAGGAUGAGCUCUAA